AUGAACAUUUUGGGAAAUGCUAAAUGCAGGAAGAAGGGACAAGUAAGUAAGCAAGCAGCGGAUAAAUCAAAGGAAACACAAGGAAUAAAAAAGAACAACAUAACAAGUCAGGACAGUCCGACGAACGAAGUCACAAAACCCAAAGAAGCUAGCGAUACUCAGGAAAAUGUCCCCUACGACCUGCCUAGUGCAGACGAUGCAAUAAAAGAGGACGAUAAGACGAAGCAAACAAAUGCCACACAAACCGGUCGCUUUAACCUGCCCACUGACUUUAGUUAUCCCAAAGAGUUUGGCUUACCAACUGACUCGAACUCACCCGGCCAGCCGGAUCAGUCCCGCGAAGAGGCGGAGUUGGGUUACCAUGGUAACUUGUAUGAUGUGUUCAAGAAACGGUUAGACCAAGUUUUUCGAGAGCUCUACUACAACGUAAAUAGUCCGGGGGUUACAGCACCGCCACCACAAAUCGAAUACGAAACUGAUAAACCUAAGAAACGUUCAGCUGUUAGCAAUUGCCUCUAUGAGGAGUUCAAGCGUCGUUUAGAUAAAUUCAACAACGAAUUUAUGGAGCCGGCUAAAGCCAUUAAGCGCACCAGCAGCGAGAGCACGGGGGUUAGUGGGUCCGGAAAACGCUCAACUGUACAAGAGAACUUAUACGAGGAGUAUAAGAGACGUCUCGAUAAGCUUGGCAAUGAGCUUUGGUUUGAUGGCGAAAAAGUGUUUGACCGCAGUGGGCGUGAGGCUCCUGGUAAGCUGCCAUUUAUAAACACGAAGCCUGAAUACAAACCAAAGCGCAGUGAAACGGACAAGGCUGCACAGCAAGAUUUCUAUGAAGAGUACAAGAAAAAACUAGAUCAAUUGACGCGAGAACUAUACCAGAAGAGCAACGAACGCAUUUGUCGCACAUACACCCAACUGACCGCGGAGGAUCUUACCUCGCCCACAUUGCAGCGCUUAGUCGAAGCAGUGCAACUAGAUGAAGCGAAAAGUAUGAAGGGAGACACGCGUGACGCACCGGGCAGUUUUGAAGGAUCAAAUAUUCUACUUAAAAUCGACAAAGCUAUUGACAAUUUGGACAAGCAAGAGGANUUAGUCGAAGCAGUGCAACUAGAUGAAGCGAAAAGUAUGAAGGCAGACACGCGUGACGCACCGGGCAGUUUUGAAGGAUCAAAUAUUCUACUUAAAAUCGACAAAGCUAUUGACAAUUUCGACAAGCAAGAGGAGAAGCGCAGUUUGGGUGCUUACGAUUUAGGUACCACCAUUUUCGGUGCCGAUUCCUUAAAUUUUAUUACAGGCGCGUCAAAUGGAGUUGGUGCAACAGCUGCCGCCUCCUAUCCGGCGGUGCUGACUAAAACGGUGGACGCAAAUUUGGGACUGUUGGGUACAGCGCCGAAGAAUAUGCUUGCAACGGUUGCCUCAAAAAUGAAUAUGACUACGCUGGAUUUGGCCAAGAAGCUGGCGACCAUGUCUAAUCCGUUAGAUUAUGUAGCCAAAAGGGAUCCGCAGCUGGGCGAAGAAAUACAAAAAUUGAUCGAUUUCAGCAUCAGCAAUAAGCUCAACCAAAAUCCAACUGCGAAAAAAUCACCAGUACAUGAAGUAUCAGUAGUCGCGGGCUUACCUUUACUUGGCCCGGACUCAUCAGGAGUGCCUACACCGCUUAUGAUGCAAGAUGCCUUAUUCGGUGCCAUUCCCGCACUAGCACCUGCGUCCGUACCUGCGCCUGCUCCCGCACCCGCACCAGCGCCCACAUCUUCAGUUUCGCCUGCAUCGACUGCUGCCUCAGCACAGCCACAAGAUCCAUCUCAGCCUAAGCCAGCAACAAAAUCUCCGCCAGUGGCUGUAAGCGGUGCAGCCCAGUCGAGUGAAGCUGAGGCCAUGCGUAUAGCGGGUGUACUAGACAAGGUGCUGGGUAAGCUGGAGCACAUGCAACAAUGCAGAACGGGUGUUAGUGCUGAACCAGCAGACGAUAACUGUGAACCAGAUGGUAUAACCUGCGAUGUUGUGGGCUCCUGGAACUCCUACGCGAUGGGCUUACGUUUCGAUAUUGCGCUAAGCAAGGCAGCAGACAGGCGACUGGGCAUGGCUGAGAAGAACAACCAACUGCUAACGAUUGAUGUUGGCGAACGUGUACCGCCGAAGGCACAUCACAUUCUUGAUACCAGUUGGAAAUUUAUGGGCAGCGCACUGAAUCAGCAAGGUGGUCCGUUCUAUUUUUAUACGCAAAAUCGCGAGCUUAACACUGUGGCGACUUUCAUAGGCUAUUGUCGUGUCUGCGAUGGCAUCGAUACAAUUUUCGGUUCAUGGACAAUUAUGGAACCAUCUAAGGAUUGCCAAGAUGUUACGACAUCACUGGAGAAUAGGCGCGACAUUUUUCGACGUUACAAUAUGGAAAGUAAACGGAAUAAGCAUUUCAAGGAUAUGCUAUUUGAAAAAAGCAAAUACUCCAAACCAGAGUGCAAGGACAAUAAAAAUGGAUAAAUUGUUAUGCUAAUUAUUUGUGCUUAUGGUUCUAGCAAUUUUAAUUUAUUUUCUGAUACUUUAUUUUA